AUGGCCUUUAAGUUGGUGGUCUUGCGUCAGAUCUCCGGCGUGAGAUGUGAGGCCGUGGUCCCGAACCGCACUAUACUCAAGCGAAAGGCCAAGUCCUCGUCACCUUUCCAACUUUCUAUUAACAUAUUCGGCCCAAGAAAUGCUGCUGAAGAUGUGUCCGGAGCCUUGUCCAAGGUCCAUGCAUUUCUCCAGCACCCUCAAACUUUGCAUGAUGGUGUCGAGUACCACAAUCCAGACAUGGUUGUCUUUCCCGGGCAGAACACCACGAUGAACCACCUCAUUGGCACAUCACAAUUGCUAUCAGAAGAAAAGAAAUUGUCGCGAGAUGAGUCGUUCUGCAGGGAACUCUCAGCACAUGUCUCACAGAUCACUGGUGCCGAGUCUCCUAUGCAAGCAGAUGGCAUGGGUUGUGGGCUUGGUGGUCUGAUCGCAGAUGUCAUGGGUGUAGGAAAAACCCUGACAAUGCUCACUUCGAUCUUGCACUCGGCAAACAAAGCCCGAGACUUCAGUUACUUUGGGCGCCCAGUACGAGGAUCUGAAACUGAAGCUUUGCUCACAAAUUCGACCUUGGUGGUCGUGCCAUCUGUCCAGCUGAUGGAAAAUUGGGAGUCCGAGAUCUCCACGUAA